AUGAACUACAAGCCCUCCCCACUGCAAUUGAAAAUAAAACAGAGAGAGCUGGCCAGGAAGGGAUCAGUAAAGAAUAGCCCCGUCAACCACCAACCAAAGAAGAACAACGUCAUGGCCAGAACACGUUUGGUGGUGCCAAACAAAGGCUACUCCUCUUUAGACCAGACCAGCCCGGAUGAGAAGCCCCUGGUAAUGCUGGACACAGACAGUGAUGAUGACUUUGACAUGUCCAGAUACUCUUCGUCUGGAUACUCCUCAGCCGAGCAGAUCAACCAGGAUCUCAACAUCCAGCUUCUGAAGGACGGUUACCGGCUCAACGAAAUCCCUGACGAUGAAGAUCUGGAUCUGAUCCCGCCCAAAUCAGUCAACCCCAUCUGCAUAUGCUGCCAAGCCACCACCUCCUCAGCCUGCCAGAUCCAAUGGCCCCUCCCACAAUAUACUCCAUGACUCCACC